UAUCCGUGCAUGAGCACGGAAAAAUCACCUAGUAUUCAAUAAUGUGAAAAAGGCUUAUGUUAUUUUUAAGCACAUGAAAGUUUAUUUUCUCUGAAAGAUUUUUUUAGUAGCUGAAUGUUAGCUUUACAUAUCCAUAGGUAAAUAACCAAAAUGCCUCAGCAUAGAGGAGACACUACUUCCAACUUCUAGCAUGCAAUAAAAUGAAUUAACUAGAGAAGCAAACUAGCUCUCUGGUUAGACAAAAAGGCUUAUGUUAAGUACAUGCAAAUUAAGGUACUCACUCCGUUUCAAAAUAGAUGAUGUUUUGGAAAGUUUUUGAUGUUUCAAAAUAGAUGAUGUUUUGAAUUUUUAUAUUAAUCUUAGUUUUAUUGAAAAGUGUGUGACCAAUGAUGUUUUAUAUUUAUCUUUAAAGAUUGGCUGAAUUAAUUUUGGUUUAUAUUUUUAAUGUUACUUUUUAGGAAAAAGUGUAUACCUUAAUUCUUGUGCAUACAUCCAAAACAUCAAGUAUUUUGAAACAUACACGCACACAGGAGUAUUUUGUUUCGCUUAAAUGUAAUGUUUUGUUAUUUGAAACUUAGCAGCUUUUGAUUGGCGUUUAGACUUUCCUGUGAGGAUUUUCUGUAAAGAGUAUGUCUUAGCACUGUUGGUUGGUAAUAUAUAAUCUUUCAAAACAUUCAUCUUAUGGUAAAUAAUCUUUUGAUUGGAUAUAUAUGUUAAAUCAGAAACUCAAAAGCUAAUUUUUUCUCCAUUGUUAUCCAAAAAUAUAUUCUUACUCUUUCUGUGGUGACUUCAGUUUUCAUUCUUCUUUUACCUCUUCUCCUUGUACAUAGCACCAAUGCCAAACAUAAUAUAUCAUCCAAACUCACUCAGAGGGAGAGACAAUAUUCUCUCGGCAUAAUCAUUUUUGAUUAUCAACUUACUCUUUCACAUUUCCCAUUGCUUGGAAGAAUCUCAUUUCUUUUGAUGGGUUGUUUCCAGUCCAAAGAUGCUGAUCAUGUGAUCACUUCUCCUGAUCAUCCAUCAGUUCAGCACCAAUUAGAAUCAGGUUGACUCUAGUUUGCUUCUUAGUGGAAGUGUAGAUUAGUUUGUCUUUUGCCUAGUUUUGUCUUAACUCCUGUGUGCGUGUGUUUUAAUGAUUGGGGUGUUGGUGUAAAGUAAGAAUGAGAUGGAAAGUGUAUACCUCUCUGAACUACACUCCAAUAACUCCCCUAAGCCUUUUUUUUUUAAUGAUGAAACUGUUUUUGUGAUGCAGUAACUGAGGACCAAGUGGAGCAGGAGAGUCAGGUACCAUGUUUCAAACGCUUUGCAUUACGUGAACUGUACGAUGCAACAAAUGGGUUUAGUGGCAAAUGCAUUGUCCCUGGAGGUGAGAUGCAAGCUCUCAAUCUGGUUUACGGAGGAAUGAUCGAAGGCACUGGUCUCGUCGCCAUCAAGCGACUCUCUAAAUUGACUUGGCCUGAUGCUCAGCAGUUUGUGGUAAGAAUCGUACAAGGGCUAAUUCAGAACUUGAGCUUUUUAUAUUAUGUUCAUUGAUCAUUAAAUGACUAGUCGAAGAUUGAAGCGGUUUAUAUAGUUGUAGAAGUGGAAAAUAAUACAUUAGCUAAUGAUUCUGAAACUGUAGCUACCAUAUAUAGUUUUAUUAGAUUCUAUUGUAUUUGAAAAACAAAGAUGCUUUGGAACUUUGUUCUGUCUGUUUAUCUUGUCUGAAUUGUAAUAGUUGAUCUUGCGUUGACUAUCGUUUUGACUUGUGGAAUCAGGAUCAGGCGACUGCUGUUGGAAAUCUUAGGUCCAAGAGAUUGGUCAAUCUGCUUGGUUAUUGCGUUGAAGGUGGCGAGAGAUUGUUGGUGGCUGAGUAUAUGCCCUAUGGUACUCUCUCAAAGCAUCUUUUUCAUUGUAAGAUGUUCCUCUAAUCUUUUAUCUGACUACUUCCCUUUUGAUCUUCCCUUAGAGAAUUGAUGCUCUCUUUUGUUGUGUAGGGAACAGACAGGAAAUUCCUUGGGAAAUGCGUGUUCGAGUUGCAUAUUAUAUCGCACAAGCACUUGAUUACUGCAACAUUGAAAACCAAAAGAUCUAUCAUGAUUUAAGUGCAUCCAGAAUCCUCUUUGAUGAGGACGGUGAUCCUCGUCUAUCAACGUUUGGUCUUAUCAAGAACAGUAGAUACGGAACAAGAUAUAGCACUAACUUGACUUACACUCCACCAGAGUUUUCAGAAACAGGUAUAAUCAUUCCUGAAAGUGUGAUUUACCAUUAUGGAAAUGUUCUUAUAGAACUUGUGAGCGGCAAACACAUUCCACCGAACCAUGCUUUUGAUAUCAUAAUGGAGAAAAAUGCGAUGCUACUCAUGGAUUCAUCACUUGAAGGGAGAUUUGAGAGUGAAGACGCGACUAAGCUUCUUAAUCUUGCUUCAAAAUGUCUUCAAAAGAACCCGGAAGAUCGACCUGAUACUGAAUCUCUUGUCUCUGCAGCAGCACCACUACAAAAACUGGAAGAGGUUAAAGAAUCAUGUAAGAAAUACUCAAUAUUUCUUUUACCAAAUAAUGAAUUUUUGUGUUUUAUGUUCAGAUUUCAUCUCAUUUCUUGAUGGGUCUGCCUAAGAAUCCAGUGUUACUACCAUUCAUGCCUUCUCCUCUCAGAAAGGCUUGUUCUCGGAUGGACCGCGCUUAACUGGUUUAAACAAAGAACUCGGGAGAAAGUGCCUUCAGAGACAAGGACUUCACUAACAUAUCUUGAUUAAAUCUUAUUCAAAAGUACUCUAUCCGUUUCAU